UAGAAGCAUGCCGGCCACUUGCCACAUCUGCCGGCCACAAAAACUGGUCGGUCAGCUAGUUGCAACAAAUUCGGGGCAGUUUUGGUUUUUUACAUGGGGAACUUUAAAAACACAACCCCAAACACUUUUUCUCACACACCCAUUGCCGAAAUCCCUUAUUUUUCAACCCCAAACACUUUUCCUUCACAGAUCUGUACACUUUUUGCGUUUUUCAACGUCCCUAGCGAAGUUGAUUCGCAAAAACCUUUCGAUUUUCUUUGUUUUGAACCGAUCAAAACUUGUUUUCGGAGUUUUUUUCUCCAUUUUCACCAUUCAAGGUUUGUUUCCCUCAAGUUGAUCUUGAGUUUAGCGCCCAUUUCCUGGGUUUUGACAUUCUUUGACUUUUUCCUUUCCGAGGGUUGACUUUUGUUGACUUUUGGCACUUUUUGUCCAUUUUGCUCAUUUUUUCACCUUCCUUUCAGAUGGCAGACUACGCGCCACACGACGGGGACCCUCCGAGGAUAGAGGGGGAGCUUGGGCACAUUCCAUUACCGCCGAGAGUCCGGCCAUUCGACCCAGCGACGUGCCAUCCCGAGGCACAUGUGCUUCCGUCUAGCACAGUGCGCCAUUUCCCUGAAUUUGCACGGCGCGCGCCCAUAGAUCUUUUACUACGGGAGCCUGAGUUCCAUUUAUCCCACGACGCCUUUGAGGUUGACUCCCGUUUUACCCGCGGGUAUGGGUCCAUCACGGCGAAGGAGUGGUACAUGGAGCUCCCUGAUGGCGUAUGCUAGAUUGUUGAUGAGGCAGGAUUCGGCCUAUUUUGUGCGGGGCUCUCGCGUCUCAUGGUGAGCAGGACCCUGUUAGGAGCACUGGUAGAGAGAUGGCACGACACCACCAACUCCUUCCAUUUCUCUGCCACCGGGGACAUGACCAUGACCCCGUAUGACUUCGCCAUGCUGACAGGCCUUGAGGUGGGAGGUCAGCCGAUCCCGUACGACUCUGACAUUGGUGAGUGGGAGGCUGCUUGGACCUACCUGUUGGGAGCACAUCCGCCUAUUUACCGCUUAUCAGGCUUGGUCCGGUAUACUUGGUUCGCCGACCACUUCAAAGGGGGAGAGCCUGCGACGAUCGAGGCUACAGAGCAAUACGCUCGAGGUUUCCUCAUGUUCCUCUUCGGCACUACUUUGUUUGUCGACAGGGGGAACACUGUUGGACUAUAUCUUCUGAGCGCCUUAGUGGACUUAUCCCAGGUUCGGCACUAUGAUUGGGGAGGCGUUGGCCUUGUUACCCUCUAUUGCUAUAUGAGCUCGACCUCUCGUAGGAGCGGGAACAUACUGGGCUGCUAUUGGAGAGCCUGGGAGCUAUGGGUAUACGCCUAUUUCCCAGCACUUGCUCCCGAGCUAGAGGUUGAGACGCCGCUCGAGGUACCCUACUCACAUCGAUACGAUGGCUGGUGCUAGCCGAGAGCGCGGGAGACCCUCCCAUACUUGCACCAGUACUUUGACACCGUGAGGAAUACAGAGAUCACAUGGCAGCCUUGGGAGGCAAUGCCGGAGUUUGCUCGAUUUCAUUUUGCCGAAGUUCGGGGUGCCUCCCGAUACCGGAUCCUGCUCGAGGGACCCGUGGACCGAGCUUGGUUCUUAGGUGAGCGCUUCAUGCGCCAGACAUUGGGCCUGCCUUUGCAGUCAGUUCCUUUGCCACCUCCACCGUCUAUGUAGGACACAGAGAGUUUCUCCUCUCAGGAGCUUACUGACGUCAUACGAGGUGCAGACGCAGAUCGAUUUAUUGGGGAGGGGGACUACACGACCUACAUCCAGACGUACCUCAUGCCUCCAUUGGCAGGCGUUCGUGCUCCCACGGGGAGGACAGCUAACAAUGCUUCAUCGAGCAGGGCUCGGACAGUAGGCGUUCCCUCGACGAGUAGGGCUCGGGCACCGAGGGGUGAGACUAGAGGGAUGCCUUCUACUAGGCGGUGUGUUGGAUGGCCUGAUCCCCCGACUGAGCUGACCAGUUGGCGGAUCUCUAGAGUGCUUUAUCAGAUUCUGCUUGAGCCUCCAUUGCCUGAUCACCGAUACGUCAGGACACCUGGCUCACCACCACCGUCCGUAGAGUACGUCGAGGGAUUACUCCAGGUGAUGGCCUCAUUUGAGGGCAUAAUCUUAAGGAGAGAGAUGAUGCUGACCUCCCACAGGAUUCCGGUCACACCCUUGCAGACAGGACCCUCAGAGUCUUCUCGAGCAGUAGAGAGAGAGAUUUCGGCACAUAGUCGAGGGAGAUGCCAGAAGCCUAUCACGUGCGAUGACAAUGGCGAGUCCAGCGAGGAGGAGGAGCCGGCGAGUCCCCAGUCAGAGUCAUUUGAGGGUGGAGGCGAUGGCACCGGCUCAGGUUCUGAGGGUGGCGACGAUGCUGUGGAGGGCUCCGAGGAGGGGAGCGGAGGUGACUCUGGUUCCGGCUCCAGUUUAGAUUCGGACGGUGGUGCCGAUGGCGAUGAUGCAGAGUCUGCUCAGCCGAGGAAGAUGAUGAAGAGGGCCUCUCAAUCCUAAGCUGGAUGGCACCGAUUCAGAUGCUUUUUGCUUUAUUUCUCUUUUUGCUAGUAGUGUUAGCAUAUUGUACAGCCUUAGGCAGUUUUAUUUUCGUUAAAACUUGUACUUUGUAAAAAGAAACCAUGA